AUGCGUACAGAGACAGCGCUCUGCGGGCACAGUUCCUCCACCGCCGCUGGUGUCUGUGCGCCUGGUGCUGUGGCCGCCUGCCCCGGCCCGGCCGGCCGGCCACUUGGCAACCAACCAGCCAGGCGCUCAAACACACAGGCAAGGAUAGCGUUAUAUGAACAAAUAAUAAUGACACACACAGUCUGGAUAGAUGGUAAGCUUUCAGGAGGAGAAAUGUGCGCAAGUCAAAACAUACUUGCUGUCUCGCCAACGAAGGGAAUACGAAGAAAGAAACGUUCAGUCCCUUUCGCGUUAGCCCUUACAAACAACGCUACGAGAAUAUGCUACCCUAAUACUUCGUCGAUCUAA